AACGCUAUAAUAGUUUAAACAUUUUCAUGGCGGCAACAUUCUUCGCUCCUUCACUGCUACAAGAUCUCCAUCCCACUUUACUCUUCGCCAUGGACAACAACAACAACAACGUCAAGUUUUCAAGUAAAACCGCAGGAAAGCCCAUUCAAUGUAGAGCUGCGAUUGCUCGACUUCCAGGGGAGCCUCUAGUAAUAGAAGAGAUUCUGGUGGACCCCCCGUGUUCCCACGAAGUUCGAAUUCGGAUAAUUUGCGCAAGUCUCUGUCACAGCGAUCUCACCGUGUGGAAAAUGAAGGAUUUUCCUGGCGUUUUCCCAAGAAUUCUCGGCCACGAGGCUAUCGGGAUGGUGGAGAGUGUUGGUGAGAGUGUGAAUGAGGUGGCUGAAGGAGAUAUUGUGAUCCCAUGUUUGAUGCCAGAUUGUAGGGAGUGCGUAGAUUGCAGAUCAAAGAAAAGCAACCUAUGCUCAACUUUUCCCUUUAAGCUUUCUCCUUGGAUGGUUCGAUCUGAGACAAGCAGAUUUAAAGAUCUCAAUGGAGAAACUAUUCAUCAUUUUCUAUUUGUUUCAAGUUUUAGUGAGUAUACUGUGGUAGACAUUGUUAAUCUAGUAAAAGUUGACCGUGAAAUCCCUCCAAAUAGGGCAUGCCUCCUAAGUUGUGGAGUUUCAACAGGGUUUGGAGCUGCAUGGAGAACAGCAAAUGUGGAGGCAGGAUCAACUGUUGCCAUAUUUGGGCUAGGUGCAAUCGGAUUAGCGGUUGCAGAGGGAGCAAGACUAUGUGGUGCUAGUAGAAUUAUUGGUGUGGAUGUGAUUCCCGAAAAAUUUGAAAUUGGGAAAAAGUUUGGAGUCACAGAUUUCGUUCAUUCUAAAAGUUGUGGGGAAAAAUCAGCAAGCCAGAUAAUUAAUGAGAUGACAGAUGGAGGUGCAGAUUACUGCUUUGAAUGCGUUGGUUUUGCAUCUGUGGUGCAUGAAGCUUACGCUUGCUGUCGAAAGGGUUGGGGAAAGACAAUUGUUUUGGGAGUGGACAAGCCGGAUUCACAGUUGAUCCUCAACUCUGUGGAUUUCCUUCAUAGUGGAAAAACUCUGAUGGCAUCACCAUUUGGAGGACUGAAAGCUAAAUCCGAUAUUCCACUUCUGCUGAAACGUUACAUUGACAAGGAGCUACAACUGGAUGAGUUUGUGACACAUGAGAUGGGGUUUGAAGACAUCAAUAAAGCCUUUGAUUUGCUAAUGAAAGGAGAGUGUCUCCGAUGUGUGAUAUGGAUGGACAAAUAAGAGAGUUUCUCCUCUAUUUUCUUUGAAUCCCUCUGCUCUUAUUUCGACAGAUGCACAAUUAUCAGUCAUAAAGUAAUUUAUAUAAAAUCAAUGUUUGAAUAAAUUACUAUCUUCUCGACUUGGUAUUUUUCUUCAAAUUGCUUGACAAUGUAAUAAAUGACUAUCUUUUGCACUCA